UGUAGUUUUAAUAAUUAAAUAACUAGUUUCACACUACUUAUGAAUGAAAAUAGAUCUUAGGUAGGUAUACUUGGACAAACAUGCAGUUAGUAGAUAUUUAGGACAUAAAAAAAGAAAUAUAACAAAAUAAAAACGUAAAAUACUCACGACGAAUGUAGCCAUAGCUAUGAUCAAGUUGCACAAACAAAAAAAAAAUUAAUAAAUCAAACAGUAGACAUAUAGGUAUUCCAUACAGGUUAAAAUAUUCCAGUCGGAUCCACUCGGUGUUAAACAAGUCACACAGUUAAACGAAACGAACGGGAAAAAAUUACAAACGUAUCAAAAGUACAAAAUUAACGAGCAAACAACUUUACGUCUAAACACAAUGAAUACUUGAUCGUCAAUCGAAGUACGUUAACAAUAAAAAAAUCUAACGAUUGAACCAGUGGAAAAAACCGUUAAAUAAUAUUCGUAUUUGUUGUUAUCCUUAUUUUGUUGGAACCGAUACCGUACCCCGCCACUGCAACUGCUGGCCCGGCCAAUCGAAAGACGGCCUUUCGAACAGGGAAGGAGUACACCAUACAAACGAUUUAGCAAUCAGCAGACAGCAGUUUAACCAUUUCACGUUCAAAGUGGGCCAAAGUAUUUUAUACAUUACAUAAUUAAUUAUAUAAUAAUAUAAUAUUAUAAUUUAAAAAAAAAAAAAAUUAAUUGUAACAUUGUAAAAAUACUUGGUGUAUUGACACAAUUAUAUUAAUAAAUAAAAAAAAAAGUAUUUUAUCACACGGCAGUCUGUGUGUUUUAGGUAUAUACGUUCUACCUCUAACCAUGAACAUAUAUACUCUAACAUUAGUUAUACGAUAUGAUAUCACUAAAUCGAUAACCAUUAUCAUUUUUUAAUGUUUAAUUGCUUACAUCCGAAUUCUAUGAUGUAGUUUUUACCUGUAUGGUAUUAAGUUUUUUUAAAAUUAAAUGGUAAUUUUAAUCUAUCAGAUUAUAACUAUCAUAACUUUUUUAUUUAUUAUUAUUUCGUGACAUAGAUAGUAGUAUGGUAUCUAGUUAAAUAGGUUUAAAAAUGUUACGGAAUUGUAAUAUUAUAUUCGCCAAACUAUUUAUAUGUAUGUAAAUAAAAAUAUAAAAAAUAGUGUAGUAAAUAUUUGUUUAUAAUAAUAAACUGACAUUAUGUUUAAAAACGAAUUUCGUAUAAAAUCAAGUGUUUCAAUAAAAGGGGCUGAACAGUAAGUACUUAGCGUUUAUUAAAUAAAAAUGGAAUUAUUUGUCAUUGUUGUUGAUUUUGUUAUUAUUUUCAGGAAAAAAUUAAAAGCUACCAUUUGCAAAUAUUUCAACUUAUCAAACGAAACACUAGACACAUUUUUAAAUCAAAAGCAAUUAACUCAGUUGAAAGUAAUAACACAUACAAACGAUAUAGUUAAGAUAAAUUGUGCUCAAAACGUUGCAAUAGUUUUUGAAUUUAAAAACAAAUUUUAUCCAACCUUGUUUAUGGUCUGGUCAUUUCCUCAUAUCUUUCCCAGAUUAAAAUUAGAUAACGAUGGAAAAUCUCAACUCAAAUCUGCAUCAGAACUAACAAUAAAAGAGUUAAGAUCUAAUGAUGCAAAUAAUGAACAUAUAUUAAGUUCAUUGCCUGUUGAUCAAUGUGUAAGUUUAUGCACAAUUUCUUGUCAAAAAAUUAUUGCAAUUGGAUAUUUGACUAUUGAUGGUAAUAGUAUAAAAGAUAGUGAAAAAAGCAGAGAUAAAUGUUUGAAAGUGUUACAUUAUUAUGACGAUGAACUUUUUAAAUCACAUAUCAAAUCAUCUAUUCCGGAUGUUAUUUAUACAAUGGAACGUGAAUUUAAUGAUGCUCCUGAAUUGAAUGAUAAAAAAAUGUAUUCAGAAGAUAUACAAACUGUUGUUAAUAAAAUGGAUGAAUUACUAAUGACAUGUUCAUUAAAAGCAUUAAAAUACUCUAUUAAAAAACAAAUGUUGCCAAUUUUAGCCAGUACAUUUUAUAAAAAAUAUGUUAUGUCGUUUUGCCCAGAAGGAACAGAAUUAGAUAUCAAGAAAACUAGUUACAAAAAGUUAACUUCAUUUUUACAAUUACUGGAUAAAGAACAAAUGAUAAAACUUAAUGUCAGUAGUAAUGGUAUUGUUGAAAUAACUCAAGUGAUUCAAAGCAAUAGCAAACUUCAAGACUUAAAUAGUGAUGACAAUCCUGCAUUAAAAGAAAACCUAGAUCAAUUUUCUCCGCCUGUAAAAGAAAUUUAUGUAGUGACACCAGGAUUAUAUCCUAUAUUUUCAGAAUUUCUUUGUCGGUUGGUAGAUAAUGCGUAAAUAAUUUUAGUAAUUUUAUUUUUAUACAACUUAAUAAUUUUUUUUCCUAGAAAAGGAGAUAAAUUAACAGUACCAUCUAUUCGAAAAUAUGUUACUGAAUAUAUCAAGAAAUAUCAGUUGCAAGACAGUACAAACCCUUCGUAAGUAUUUAAUUCAAUUUUGUAAUAAUUGAAAUUUGAAAUUUAUUUAAUUUUAGAUUUUGAGCAUAGCAAAGAAUCUAUUGGUUUUACUGUUUUUUUAUUUUGUAUGUUGUGUGAGCAACUUUGUCUCUAGAAAUCUUGCUUCAAUCAUAAAAUGACGAGACUUAUUUUGUUGCAUUUUAGAUCUAGUUGGUUAUUAAAGUAGUUUACUUAAAAAGAAACCACCCCAUAUUUACUGGCUUUGUCUAUAGCUUAUAUUUGGGCACCAUGUAAAUAAAAUUAUUUGACCAAAUAGAAAUAUUUGAAAUUUUAAUAUGAAGUUCAUUAUAGGUUGUACUUAGUGAUAAAAAAAAAAUAAAUAAGUUUAUUGUAGUACGUAGUUUAUAAUAUUUUGAAGUAAAUAGUAAAUAGUAAGGCAUUUCAAAACUUGAACAACUAAACUUUGCUCAGAAUCAUAUUUCAUUAGCAAUAGUUUAUCAGAUAUAAAUUACAUAACUAUGUAUUCUAUCUUCCCAACAUCGCUUUUACAACAGUAGCACCCAUCAGCAGUAUCACUAUUAUCAGCUUUGUUUUUUAAAAUUAAUACCGAGAUGAUGGUUAUAUUUUUAACUAUCGUACAAUUUAUUUUAUAUUAUCAAUGUGAUAAUUUUGAAUUUGUAAAAACUACAAUAAUUUUAAUAUUUAUAUUAUGUGAAAAUUACAAAUAAAUAUUUUGUAUUAUUUUAGUGUAGUGAACACAAAUAAUGUCUUAAAGAAAAUAUUAUCUCAGAGAAAAGACAAUACUUUCAUAUCUAUUAAGGAUUUGAUUGAAGAAAUAACAAAACUUAUGUAUCGAACUGAAAUAGCAGUAUUCAAUGUUGAAACAACUGAAACAAAAAAAUCAUUAAAAAAAAAAAUUAAUCAUAUUGAAAUGACUGUCAAUAAUCGGAGUGGAAAUAAAAAAGUCAGUAAUACUUACAAUUAAAGCAAAUUUUGAUUAGGUAAUUUUAAAAUGUAUAACAUUUCAGGUAACACUAGUUAACAAUUUGGAACUUUAUGGUAUUGAUAUUAUCAAAUUUAGUAAAGAAUGUCAACAUGGAGUAGCUGCUAGUACAACAAUUAAUGAUAUUCCAAAUGAGCAGAAUAGACAAGUUCAAAUUCAAGGUUCACAAGUUCCUUUUGUAUACAAAUUAUUGACUGGUGAGUAAUUCAUAAGAAUGUUUAAAGUAAUUAAUUAUUUUAAUCAUAUGUUAUAUAAUUCUAUCACAAUGCUGUAUUACAAACUAUUGAUACUUAUAAAAAAAAAAAAAUUGUAUGUUUUGAUUGUUUAAUACAAUAUUUAGUAUCAGCAGGAAUUUGAUAUGGGGGAGCUGGAGGAAGUGUAAUAAACCAGAACAAACUUUAUUAUUAUUAUUAUAAUUAUAUAUAUAUACAGUGUGUUCAGGAUGAGAAGUACCACUAAAUAUUUCAGUUGGAUUACCUCGUAUUGAAAUAAAAUUUUCUGGGAAUGAUAGGGAGUACCCAAAUACACAUUUUUAGACAAAUUUCAAAUUUUUAACCCUUAUGGUACGCGCAAUACAACUUACUUUUUUUUAAAUCGCAACACCAUUUUUUUGCUAUAGAUUUGGUAGUUUUUUAAACAAUUUUUGUAAAAAAAGUUUUUUUUCUAAUUAUAAAAUUAAGAAGGUUAUAAUAUGUUGAAAUUUAAUAUUUCUGGAUUAUCUGAUAACGAAGAAAUUUUAACUAUGUUCAACUUAUACUAAAAAAUCGAAAUGAUAUCUCUGAUGUUUUGAAAUACCUGUUUAUAGAUAAAUAUAAGACACAAAUAAACAUUUUUUGUUUUUGUAAUUUACUUAAUUUUUUUCAUUUAUUCAUCCGAAACAAACCAAAGGUAUUGAAAAUUAUAAAAAUGUAUUUAUGUCUUUAUGUAUUCACUAUGAAUUUAAAAUUAAGAUUUAUUUAUUUGCAACUAUGGUUUUAUCAAAUAAAUUGUUCAAAGUUUCUAAACAUGAUUCCAAAUGGUUUAAAAAUUCUCUUAAUGUGGCAGUGUUUAUUUGGUCUUCUAUUAAAUUAUUAUAUGCUACUCGUAAUUUGUUUUUUAAAUUUUGGACAUUAUUAGGAGGAUUAAUGUAAACAAUAUUUUUUAAAUGCUCCCGUAAAAAUAACUGAAUAACUUUUUAUUUGUGUCUUAUCUUGUCUAAAAACAGCUAUUUCACAAUAUUGGAGAUAUCAUCAUAUUCUAAUAUAAAAGUUGAACAUAGUUAAAAUUUCAUCAAUUACAGAUUAUUAAUCAAUAUUAAAUUUCAACAUACUAUAACUUUUCCAAUUUCGUAAUAAGAAAAAAACUUUGUUUUCAAAAAUUGUUUUAAAAAAAAUACUCUAUCCAAAUCUGAAGAAAAAAAAAUAGUGUUUCUAUUUAAAAAAAAGUAAGUUGUAUUGCGUGUACCAAAAGGGUUAAACAUUUGAAAUUUAUCUGAAAAUGUGUAUUUGGGUGCUUCCUACCAUUCCCUGAAAAUUUCAUUUCAAUCCUAGGUUAUCCAACUGAAAUAUUUAGUUGUACCUCUUAGUAUAAAUGCACUGUAUGUAAAGAAAACAUGAUAAAUAUAUGUUAUUUUUAAGUAUAAUUAUUUAUUUGAAUAUCAACCAUACAAAAGCACAGAAUAUAUAAAUAUAUAAAAUAUAUACAGAAUAUGUAUGUGCUGAAAGACUAGCAUUGAUAAUAUACAAAAUAUAUUAAAUUAAUUACAAUUUUUCAAACUUUUACUUGCUGGGUUUAUAAUAUAUCAAGUCAAUUGAAGUAUCUAUUUGAUUUAAAAAUGUUAGUUCUAUAAAAAUGUUUAAUUAGUAUUAACACUUAUGUAGGUAAGUGAUUACUGGUUAAUAUACCAAGCAGAAUAUUAUUAUUAUUUAUUUUAUUAUUCUAAGUUAUAACCGAGAAAGAGAAAGUUUCUCAUUUUUUUCCUCUAUAUUUUUUAGUAGGAGUGGUAGAGUUAUUAAAAAUGCUGGGAAUUGCAUUUUGUUUCAAAAUUAUUGAUUCUGUGGCUUCAACAAAAUCACUAUAAUUAAAAUAUGCAAUGCACAGUCUGUAUUUGGUCACUAUAAAAUAUUUUCUUUGAACAGUAUUUCGUCAUUAUUUUUGUUUCAUUUUGUUUAAAUGAAAUCUUUAAAAGAAAAUAAGUAAAAUUGUAAAUAAUAGAUUGUUUAUUAAAUAUUGAACUUUUUACUUAAAUUACUUAAUAUUUUGGUCCCCUCCAUCAACAUUGUUACAGCUGUAUGCACAACACUCAUAACAUGUACUUAUUUACUAUGGAUUAAAUCUAACUAUUAAUAAUUAGUAUUAACUAUAAAUUUCAAAAAAAUGAAAAAAAAACCAAAUAAUCAAAUCAUUAAUAUUGUGAUAGUGUGAUUAUAACUUAUCAAUUGAUAAUAUAGCAUAACAAAUCAUAUACAAUCAUCCCAAUAAAUAUCAGUCCCCUUGAGACAGUUUAUAAUGUAGUCGCUCUAUCCAUAGUAUAUGAUCUAAGCCCAAACCAAAUUUACUACAUUCAUGCCCUGUCUUUUGAAGCAUUGAAAUCUCCCAUAAUAAGUACAUUAGAUUAAAUGUUGGUUAUUAUUUGCUAUUCUUCAAGUUGUUCAUACAUAAUAUCGAUUUCCUCAUCAUUGCAGCAUGUUGUUGGAAAAUACACUUGUAUAAUGUACAUAUCUUAAAAUAUAUCAGUAUAUAUAAUAAAUAAUAAUACAAUUUUAUAUUAAUACUAACUGCCACCUGCCAUAUUGAAAAAAAAAAUGUGAAAAAUGUGUAGUCCAGCUUCUCCAGACUAAAAGUGUAAUCUAGGUAACCCAUAAAUCAAUAAAAAUAAUUUGAUUUUUGUACCAAAAUACAUACAAAUCAAAUUUAAAAGGAUUGGUUUCAAUAGCUAUAAACUUUCUCUGGACAAUGUAGACCAUUUUACAAAAAAUAGCCUAAAAAUCAGUCUAUUUGUUGAGUAUCCAAUUGAAUCUUAUACACAAUUUGUAGUAUUUAAGUAUGUAAUUUUCCUCAUUUCAAUGAAUCAUCAAAUGAUGAGCAUAAAAAUUCAUUGAGCUGACCUUUUUGUUUGUUUCUUGACCUGUAAAUAAAUAAUGAACUUGUUAGGAAUUAAAUUGAAAAAUAAUUAAAACCAUUGUCUUUACCAGUUAAUGGUUAAUUAUCUUGAGCCUAACCUAAACUUAAUGAACUUUAUAUGUUGAAAUAAGAUAGUGAAGAAAUUGUAGUAAUUCACAAUGUUUUAAAAAUCUAUUUUCUAGUUAUAUGUAUUGUCAAAGAAUGGUAUGUACACAUUGGAUCUGUAGGAGUCUUCUGAUCUAAUAUUUUUAUUUACUUUUCUAUUUUGUUUCUAUUUAAUUUAUAAAAAUCAAUAUCUAAAUUUUUAUUUUUAUUCCACUUUUAAAUUUUCUCGAACUCAUUUAAAAAUCCUUUAAAUGAUUUGUUCCUUGGAUCACUGAAAUCUAAAUCAAUAUUUUUAGUUUGUAAUUAAAGACUAAGGGGCUUAAUAAUUGAAAAUACUUUUCCAAAAAUAUGGGUAGUUAUUAGUAUGUAUUACAAAUUCUGACUAUUGAAUAGCAAUUAAGAGUUCUUUAGUUUUCAAUACAAAUAUCUAAAUCUAUCCAUUGGCUAAUUUCUUCAAGUCCUUCUAAAAUCAAAUCAUAAAGCUCAAUAAAUAUUAAAAUCAAAUUGUGUAAUUAAUAAUGUAGGCACAUUGUUUUUAAUAUUUUUAUAUUAUAGGAAUAUGAAAUUUUCUUUGUUGUUUUUCAAGAAUAUAUUAUCUUUUUAGAGUUUUGAAAACAUUGAUUAUUUUAACAUUAUAAUCUAACUUUGGAAGCAUUUAUAUGCUACUGACAUGUCACUAAUUUCCUGACCCUCAAGGGCCAGUUUUCUUGUCACCAUCUAUAGUUAGUGUUUUUGGUAUCAUUUAUUAGUUAUCACCACAAUACAUAUUUUUAGUGAGAUAUUUUGUUUUCAAUAGGCACUUGCAAACUAUAUAUUACAUUCAUCAUCAUAAACUAGAGGUUCAUAGUUAAAAUUCAUGUUUAAAUUAUAAAAAAAAAUGCCCAUCACCACCCACCACUACCACACUCCUGUGUAUUCCAUUGUUAAUAUUGUUAUUUUGUAUAUUAAGAAGAGGUAAUACCCAAAGCUGCAUGCAAAUAAUUAUUUAUCAACGUUUUUACACAAAAAAAACCAUUCUUUUAAUAAUUAUAAUAAAUCAAACAUUUUUUUUGUUUUUUAUUAAAAAGAUAAUUGUCUGUGACUGUUUCCAUUUUCCAAUAACUUAUCUCAAUAAUUUUAUAUUCAUAAACAAAAAACUUGAAAUGGUAACAAACUUUAAAAAUGAAUAUUUUUAAAUUUUUUUGUACCAGCUAAAAAAUGAAACCACUACGGUACUAAAACAAAAAAAGAAAAAGAAAAAUUGUUAAUCUACCAAAUUAUUAAUAAUUCUGUUAUGCCACAACUAUGUUUUUACACUCAAAUUAUGGGUGUAUUGUGUCCUCCUAAUAAACAUAGACAUUUGUAAAAUCAUCUGUGCCAAUCAUAAAUAUGUUUUAAGUAAGGUAUUUUUUUUUUUCAAUAUAAUAUUUUAUAAGAACUUAUUAAUUUAAUACUUUUGUUCAUAAUGAAUGAUUUUUCUUGUUCACUUUACAAUUAAUUUGCAUUAUUAUUUUUUCAGAUCAAUACAAAAUUCCAGUCAAAUUUUUAAGGGGCUAUGAGAACCAUAUAAAGAAAAAAUAAAUAAUUCUUCACAAAUAAUAAAGUUGUUAAUUAUUAUUUUUAAAAGAUAAAUGUAUUAAUAUAAAUAGUUACUGCAUUUGUAUGUGUUUUAAAAUGAUAAGAAUAAAAUGUUAUUAUGCUACAAUGCAUAAUGAAUAAAUGUUCAUUAACUACUGGAAACAACCUAUAAUAGUAACAAUUUAUAAAGAUUUAAAUAAUUAUUAAAUUAAUGUUAUUGUUAAAAAUGUACUAAAAAACAAAUUAUGUAUAUACACAUCAAUACUAUGGUAUAGUUUAAGUUCUGGGUUAACUUAGUAAAUAUUCACCAAUAAAAAAAAUGCACUUUAAAUAAUAAACCAAAUAAAACUGAAUUAUAUUCUAGGUAAUCAAUCUUGAUAAGACUCUUUACCAAGGAAAGUAUCAAUUUUUUUUGGAAUUUUGUGCAAUUCUUUUAAAAAUUUUAUUAUUAGAUUUGUUUAUAGUUUGCCAUUUGAAAAUCAAAAAUAGUUGUUUCACCCACAAAAAUAUAGGUGAUAAAAAAUAAAGGAGAUGUAAUAUUUUAGAGUUGCUUGUUUCUUAAUUUUUCUAAAAACCAAGUUCUAAAAGAAGUUGGUACUUUUCAAUAUAAUUAAUUAAUUAGUCAAUGUUUACAUGGUGAUGUUAAAAUAGUUUUAAAUCCAUGGAUAAUUGUAUUUAUUGUUGGUCAAUAAAAUAAUUCAAACUAGAAGUAAGAAUAUUUAUAUUUGUAGAUUCAAACCUGGUUUAACAUUACCAUGUAAACAUAGUAUAUGAAUGUCUUGUUAAAUAUUGAUCAUCCUAUAUAUGCAUGGGAUAUUAGUAAAUAAUGAAAUAAAAUCUUUUGAUUCAUACUUUUCUCUGUUUUUUGGUAAAAUAUACUUGUAAAUUCAAAGUAGUUGUUGUUCAAAGCACAUAAUCUGGGAUUUAAAUCUAAUAAUGGUCUGGAUUAUUUUUGUAUUUUAGAUUCUGAACAGGAAUGUAUUGGUUUUAUGAUGAUGUUAUACCAUAUAAAUCCGGUUUCUAAUUAUUGUAAUAUUAUUCCUAAUACCAUUCUAAAUAAAUUAAAAUUCUUCAGAAUUUGUCUAUUACAGUAUUCAAUUCUGAGUGAAGUUAUAUUUGGAGUGGGCAAGAUGUGCACUCUUACUUUACAAUUUAUAUCCAUAAAUACAUCAAAUUAUGUAUUAUCGAACUGCGUUCGGAAUUGUCUUUCGUCAAGUAAUGGUUUAUCGUCACUUACAGAUAUAAAUGAAAACCUUAUGUAUCCUACCUUUUCAAUUUCUCACUUUCAACAGUGGCCGCUCUCAUCCCAAGUAUCAUAUCUUUUUAUUUUCUUAGAAGACACUUUUCCAUUAUUAAUUAUAUCAAAUAUAUUCAUAACAUUUUUCUAGAUUUUCAACAGUUUAAAAUUUAGAUUUUGCUUUGUGGG